AUGUUUGCACCUAUUAACCCAGCUCCAACAGCACAAGAUAAAACAGACAGCGACAUUUUAUAUUACGAAAAUGAAAACGAUGGCAAAGGAAAUUAUAAAUUCAGUUUUGGAACCGCAGAUGAGACAAAGAGAGAGGAGACUGGAAGAGUCGUGAACGAUGGUCAGCCAGAUCAGUACAUCCAAGUCGAUGGGUCCUACUCGUAUAGAUAUAGCAUACCAGGUGGAUACGAAUGGAGAACAUUCUACUAUACUGCGGGCAAUGAUGGCUUUAACAUAACUAAAAUGUUAGAUAUGCCACUCAGCUUCUCGAAAUUGAUUGUAAUUCCAGAGCUUGUUGUUGAGGACGGUGGUCCCGGCGCCGGCAUCAUGUCGUCAGAUGACAUCGCGUAUUUCUCGAACUUUACCAUAUAUUUGGGAAUAUGUUUGUUAGCUACAAGUUUUAUAUUUGUGCCUAUCAACCCAGCUCCAACAGCACAAGAUAAAACAAACAGCGACAUUUUAUAUUAUGAAAAUGAAAACGAUGGCAGUGGAAAUUAUAAGUUCAGUUUUGGAACAGCUGAUGAUACAAAGAGAGAGGAGACUGGAAGAGUCGUGAACGAUGGUCAGCCAGACCAGUACAUCCAAGUCGAUGGAUCCUACUCGUAUAGAUUCAACAUACCAGGUGGAUACAUGUGGAGGACGUUCUACUACACCGCGGGCAAAGAUGGCUUCAAUAUAACUAAAAUGGUAAGAGGCGUGCAUCUUCGCUGCGUGCUUGCGGCGUUCGCGGUUAUAGCGCUGACCGCGGGAAACCAGCUGCCCAUCAAAAAGUUUAUAUUCAACAACAAUGGAUUAGGAAGCUAUAGUUUUGAGUACGAAACACACGACGGAUCCUACAGAAAAGAAGAUGGGGGAAUUGUAGAGAAGGACAGCAGGGCAGCUCUCACGGUGCGGGGGGAGUACGGGUUCAUAGAUCCUGAUGGGUUUCCCCAUCACGUGCGCUACGUGGCUGACUUCAACGGAUACCGACCGCAGCUCAGCGAUGACAACAUUCGAUACAACGAUAGGCGAAUUAUAUAGAAACUGUCACCCGCGACUUCAUUGUCUAUAUAGCGAAUAGUUCUCCCAGUUCUUUCCACAUUUUCCACCGAUUCCUCGAUUGUGUUGGUCGCAACGUGACGUUGUAGUAUAGCUUAAAAAUAUUUCGCGGGCAACGCAGUGGCCCGCGUAUGAAUUUUAAGUGGCCAGAACAAGUAUGGAUCGAAAAAACGUACCAAAUAUAAAAAUCCCACCGCAAGAAUGACA